AUGACACUCACAAGCAACGAGAAACGUGCUCUGUCCAGGCAGCAAUGCCGGGAAGCUCUGGCAGCUCACAUUCAUGAGCGAUUAGGUUUGACUGUCGCACCGAGUCGGGUCCGAUUACAGCCCUCCGCAGCAGACGGCUACGCAUGGUCGGUGUCAGAUUCUCAAAAACAUCUAUUGAAAACAAAUUUAAGCAAUGGGACGGUUGGCUUCUACCAGGACAUACGUGAUGCACUUGUGUGUGAGAUGGAAGCUGUUAGCCCGCAGACGUUGCGGGAGCUUGACACAGGUUUUGAUAAAAAGAUGAGCGCCAAGCGCCCGUGCCCACCAAAGCUUUCGAAGUCACGCGAGACAGCUUCUGGGGGUGGCUCUUUCACGGUCACUAUUCAACGACUUGAAAACGCAAACAAGGAACUUGCAGCUGAGCUUGUACGUGCCAAAGCCUGCUCGGAGGAUUUGCUCAAGGAAAAGCUGGAAUGGGAGGUAAAGUAUCGAGAGAUUGACGGGGAACUCGACGCCAGCCGGCGUUUGGUGAACCAUUUGGAGAGCGAGCUGGUUCGCGUGGGAAUGGGUGUUACGGAAGCUAUGAAGAUAUUGCAGGACCACCAGCUUCCAGAAGGAAGCCAAUCAUACGUACAAGAAGAGAAAUAG